CAGCGUAGCAAAUCCGAGCAGGAGCAGAACCUAUGCCUAUGUAAGGUAUUCAAAUGUAGGUAGGUAUGGGUUGGAUGGUAUGGUAAGGUAUGGUAUGGGUGGUGUCGGUUAUGGCGUGCGGUUGCAGGUUGAUAGCGAGGGGGUGUAACGACAUCACAACCAAGGUGUAGAGAUAGCGCCGAGUCCUUGAAACUAACCUCACACUCACACUCAGUCGGUGGGUACAGGUAUGGAUAUCACUGAAUGAAGCCACACACAAAGGCCCUCGUGGGUACGAUCUGGGGCCGACACCAAAAACAUGAUGGCGUCGAUGAAGUCCAAAAAGGUUGUAGCUAGAGAGGGCCAAGACAAAAGCUGCAAGUAGCUCGAAAAGAAUGAAGGGAUCAAGAACAACCUUGACGAUGAAUGAGGGGUCUAAGCUAAGCUGACCACUUAUUAACUUUUCAAGCUUGGCGGCAAGUAUACGCUACAGUUCAGUUUGUCUACGUGACGAUUAACCCCGUAGCAUAAGGCAGCGAAUGAAAUUGUUUGCUUCGUUUCUUAUCAUUCAUCCUGCGGGUAUUUAACUUUGUCUCAUUCAAGGACGGUUCCUGAUUUGGCGGGGUAUCGCAACAGCAACACUCAAGAGCUUACACAAAUAGGGUGUCAGGGCUGACUAUGCGUGCAGAAGCGCAGUAGAACAGGAUGGAAAGAAUGGGGAAAUGGGGAACAAGAUUCAAGAUUGCGGGUUGGAAACUGGGGAUGGAUGCUCACCAAUUUGGCUUGUUCGAUAAUAGAAAGCUAGAGGAAGCCAAGAGGAUAGAGGGGGAGCACCAGGCGAUAACGAAGACCGGAUUCAUCGUCACAAUGGGAAAGUAAAGUGACCAGAAGUUCCAUAAGUUAUAACCGCACCCGGACCCGGCAAGCAGAAACCGACUCGACCGACUGAUAAGAGAAGUGAAAAGAAACGCCAUCUUCGAUUCAACGUCACUGCAGAAGUACCAUGCACUAUCAGGGUACCUUUGGUGAUGGUCUGACUCAAGCCAAGACACAGGUAUCAUGGCAUGAUGGGAGUACAUUAACAGUUGCCCUUUUUGUCCAUCAGGAUUUCGACGGAACCACUCCGAAUCUUUCUUAUCAGUACUUCUACCAAGUAACUUCCCGGAUGAAACGGGUUUAACUCUUGACCGUCCUUUUAAAUGAAGAGAUUUUCCUCCCUUACUCAGGACAGGGCAAGAUACGAAAGAUAAAGAGACUUCUACUAAUGUUGCCUUUUCGACCCCAGGUGAACCCUACAGGUGCCCCUGCACCAGGGCUGCACUCCCAUGGUAGUUGGACGCAGCUAUUCGGUGGGCCAUUUACAGACGUCAAAACAGACCACCCAAGCACAAGUUACCUUACCCUCGUGAUGAUGAUGGAAAUAAUGGUUUCCGGGAAUCCAGAGGCGUUACGUUAACUCACUACCCAAUAUGAAAGCUGGAGCCAAUGCCAGACGCGCACGGCAACAGGGUCGCCAUGGGUAAAAAAAUUCAAAUCGGCCGGCUACGCCUUGAAAAAGCUUCUGGAGCCGUCAAGGUGGAUAGAGGAUCGGCCAAGAUGGUCAAGCUUGGACCAAUCGGGACAAAAAUUGAUUGCUCGUGCCUGCUGGAUGUCGUUAGAAGGCGAAGGUUUGGACGCAAUACCACCGAAACUCGUGUUCCCAUUUGCCCCUCCGGCAAUGCCAUCGAAGGCCUCAUUUCACUCACAUCUGGCUGUGAAUAACAUCUUCCUUUCGGUCUCCCACUUCGUAAUUGUUAAAAACUUCAGACAAGACCCUCUCUUGGACUAAACCCAGCACAGAUUGAAAGUCCGGGGAUGGCCAAUCACACCAAGAAUAGUUCAAGCUUGUCUCUGAAUCGGCGAUCCAAGGCGCUGGGCUUAUCGCCCAGAACUUGCUGAUGUAUUGAUAUCUCCAGGUCGGUGUCUCAAAGUCAACUGACAAGGAAGCUUAUUUAGCGCCCCAUGUUUGUAUCAGCCAUGAAGUCAGCCUACUGUCGGAUAGGUGUAGGUUAAUAUUUCCCUGCAUAAUAAGUGAGUAGGGGGACUCGACUCGACUCGUGAGCGGCCGAUCUGGGUAACAUCUUGGCAGCUCUUGCAUAUCUGUCUCCGAGUUGAAAUGUCAUUUUAACCAUGAAGGUGUCGAUGUCGGUGUCCAACAAGGAAUUCCAGGUCCAAUAACCACAACCAGACAAAGGCAGUGCCACCCAUGUCAUGACAAGAGAGACAACUUGCACAAACGACGGGGAUGCUCCAGGUUCCAGAUUGCGGAAUCGGCCAUACCCCAACAACAUCAUUCGCCAAUAGGCGCCGGUCCUCAUUCCCAUUACAUAGCUUUUACUCGAUUCCAUCUACAACGUUGUUGUCGGGACAUAUAGAUAGAAAAUUAGAGUAAUUUGCUUUCUCCUAUUCGGUUCAUGUUAGCCUGAUGAAUGCAUCACAAGACCACGGCUGGUCCGUCCCUUGAUGUUGACCUGGUCUAGUACCUGUUUGCUAAAUCAACCCCUCAUCAUCACCCAACAGUACGGCGCAGUAUAAGCAGACAGGACCAUGAUGGAAGUGGCCUCUCCAUUUUGAGCCUACGCGGCGCAGUGGUUCCCCCACGAUUGGCACGUAUGGCGCGAUACUACCUCCUCCACACUAUCAUGAAUCCAAUAUCAGGUCGGAGAGGGGAGCUGAUGUCUCAUGUACCUCCUCACUCCUCACUCCUCACUUCUCCUCAUCCAUGAUGGUGACUGCAUUGCAGCCGAGGCAUUCUGGCAUGAUUUGGUUGGAGAGAAGAAUGGUCUAGCUAAUGCUCUCUGCCUGGGCACGGAAUACAAAAGGCUGUUGGUUAUAGGUUGCUGCGCGAGCUGAAGUAUCAGGCUGGCAUAUUGGACAGGUCGCUUCAGUUGCACUGACUUCAGCUUGUCGCCGACAGACGGAACUUUGAUAGGGCAGGCGCUUAUUAGUUAUCAGUCCCAGUAGUAUUAUCCGUAAAUGGCAGUUGUUUUUCACUUCGGAAUACACCUAUCUAAUCUAUCGACUUACAAACGUUCCCUUAAUUUCUCAACCUCUUCCCUACACUUCUUCCACCUUCACAAUCAUGAACGAUCAAACCACAAUGUCACCAACCAUUGCAAAUCCCAUUAGGACCACCCUGAGGCUCUGCCAGUGAUCGACCUUAUUAGAGUGUUAAGCAAUCUAAGCGGGCAGCCGGUCGUACCAACCAGCAGAGGAACAGUAUACCGGUGCUACUGGGAGGCCAACAAACGAUCCAUGACUUUGCCUGCCUGUCCUCCACGAACGAAACAGAUCUUCGCAUCCCCGUGGGAGCGAACCGACUAGGAACGCACGCUCCCGCUACUAAAUUGAGGUUCGGGUCCAGGUCCAUGAUCCAGGUCUUGGUCUCUUGCUCCUUUGGAACUGAACACCCAGUUGGCCGGCGGCCAGAUAUUUGGUGGUAUUCAACCCCGAAAAGACAAAGACCAGGGCAGAAAGCUGCCCACGAUAGAAGUGGAGGUGGUUGAAGAAGUGCCGAAGUAGCGUUCAAAUUAGGUAAAAGUAUCCAGGCAGUACCACGACUCUCCAGUCAAAAAUUUUCAACCCGAAUCCAUUUCUCAUCAACUUGACAACACGUCUAACAUCAAGCUGCCUAUUUGUUCGCGCAACUGAUAGCGGCGUCGUGGGAUGGCCAUGAAGCCCUUGUUGGUCACCAGACUCGCAAACGAAAUGAAAUGAAACGAACCGAAACGAUCUUCUGCUAUGUUAUGCUUUUCGAGGGCUCUCCAUCGUGGCGGAUAACUUCCCCUAGUAUGCGGUACUGUCAUGGUUAUUGAUGGCAGAAGCAUUGUUGAUUUGACUUAUAGUGGACUCUGCAGUUUCUUGACAUGUUGGAUGCACGAAGACCUUUUCAUAGUUCCUUUGGGUAUUUUUACUUUAUUCAAUACCAAUCUCACUGAUGUUGUUCAUUACGAGCCGGUCUGAAAACGAUCAAAACGGUUCAUGGUUGGGACUUCACGCUGCCAGUAAUGAUUGACGUUGCCCUUUUGCGACUUUGACUUGCAUGACUACCUUUUGGUCCUCCAGGGUUAAUCGGCUCAGGGGUGGUUUGCCGGUCACCUGCUCAAUACACGGCGUAUGGGCCCGGCCGUCAUGCUCUAGAACCGUGAUUUCGUUCUAGAAGGUUCAAAUUGCGAAUUGGCGGUCUAUCAAACGCAAUCACACGACCUGAUCAAUAGGCAUUACUUUCAAUACUCGACUGCACUGCAAGCCGACAUUUUCGGAACGUACAGUAUACUUCAGCGGGAGUUCCGUGUUGCUUAUAUGGUGUUGUGCAAGUUUAUGUUGUGUCGACGGAUGGGAUCCCGACGCCGCAACUGAUAUGACCAUCUCCGCGGAGGAUACGGCGCCACUAAUUUUACCAACCAAUUCCCCGGAUCGACGUCAUACAUCCCUGUAAUCACCAUGAUCCUACGGAUUGGGUUUUGUUGUUAUCAUAUCGUUUACUGACAUGCUUAUCGGCGGGUGUUUCAAGGCGAACACGUCAGCCAUUUCGCA